AAAUCAAUAAGCCAAAUGUCAGCGUCCGAAACGAAAGUAGUCAUGGUUAGAGACGAAUAUCCAGGCCAGGAGGAGGGCGAAGCAGAGAAGGAUAUGCUAAAGGAGACGGUACAACCAGAGGAGGACAAUCGCGACAACGCUGGCGAGGAUCAUCGUGACGAGGCGAUGGAAUGGUCCGAAGAUUAUUCCGAUCAGCUCACUGAACAUCUCGAGGUAGACGCGUACACCGUCGGUUUCAAAAUGUUGGACAACGAGCUGGACCGUCUGAAUUCUUUCCUGGAUGACCUGGAACAGAAGAAUGACAAUAUACACGCGGAACUGGUCGAAUUAUUACGAUCUAAUCGCGAGGUCAGGCAACAGUUUCAGGGAUCCUCGCUACAAACCGAGGAGCAACAAUCGGAUCAGCAAUCAUAAUCGCUCAGUACUUAAGAACUGCACGCUUUGUUGACUUGGUGAUACGCAUUAUCUAGGCAACGUCGCUUGUAAUUCUUGUAAUGAGAUAUUUUACACGCGUGUAACAAUUGCCAGGGACACUUUACGGUCCGGGCCAAAAGCCACGUUACGUCCAGUCAGUAUUUGAAUUUAAAAACUUUGAUAGCACAUUCCCCUCUCUCUCUUUCUCUGAAUAAGAAUAAUAGAGAUAUGCUACGUCGUGUAAUUAAUUACAUAUGUACAUCACACAUGAUGUACCUUCAUGUAACACGAACAGUGUCCUGAUGUAGAUUUAUGCGGUACGUGCUGUAGAAAAAGAGAGGAAUAUCGAGACGAAGCGUGAUGAGUAUAUAUAUAUAUAUAUAUAUAUAUAUAUAUAUAGUAUAUAUGAACAAUUGUGUAAAUUUUAUUUAUAAACAGAUUUAACAUAAUCGUCGGUGGUAGUAAAAGUAUCUUUAUUCCGUUAGUGACUUGGAGCUACAUUUAUCACGAACUUAAUUACAAAGAAUCAUUGCUAACAGAUAUAUACCAAUCAUGAAAACUAAUAUACGUGCGAGCCUUACAUAUUAUAAAUUCUGCACAUAGAACUUUCUCUCGUAACGUUGAUUAAUUAAUCUUUCAAGUAGUUCAACGUACUACAUCCGCUUCAACUAAAUAAACGACGGCCAUACUGAUUUACGGAUUCAUGAAAUAUCGAGAAUUAUUAACGUGAUAAAAAGUUGUUUCUGUCCGCUAAUAAAUAAUCGUUCUCCCCAACUGGCCCCCAGUUAUCUCUAAAACAGAACUAUAUCGUUUUCUUUAUUGUAUCAGGUGCGAUCAAUAAACUAAUCUAUUAUCACCAAAUUCGAUACUGGAUAAUUUCAUCUUGCUUUCAACCGCUGCGCCUUAUAUCCUCAAAUAAACUAUGAACAUCUUUUGAUCUCACGGUGACAGGGCAGUAUCAACUACGACAUAUACAUCAUUUCUUUGAGUGAGAACACUCGACCGUUAAUAUUUCUUAUCAGUAAAUUUGAUAUUGAUGUAAACGAUUAGUAGGUACUGUUCGAUUUCACAUAAAGAAAAAUGCACGAAUGGCCAACAAUGAUUGAUUACUUUGACAUAAUUAAUCCUCCGCACAUAUUAAUAAUUAAUAGUCCGUUAAAAAUAAAUGUACAUACCCUUAAAACAUUAUGCUCACAACAUUCGAAACUUAAAGCUCCAAAUAAUAAAAUUUAAGCCUUCGUAAACGGAAAAAUGUACAUGACACUUUACUAAAUAUAGAAAUUACACAACUCC